CCUGUCAGAUUGAGCCUCCCUACCUGCCUCGCUGGAACGACCUGUGUUUCAUCUGGGCUCCCUUACCUUCCCGCCAGCCCCUGCGCUGACCCCUCCAGGCGCUCUGUGCUCUGGGAAGAAUCCUUCAUGCUGUUGCAGGCAUUCAGCGUCGCAGUGAGUGACCAAAUGGAGACGGACUGUAAUCCCAUGGAGCUAAGCAGUAUGUCCGGAUUUGAAGACAGUUCAGACCUUAAUGGUUUUGAAGGCACUGACAUGAAAGACAUGAGGCUGGAAGCCGAAGCGGUGGUAAAUGAUGUUCUCUUUGCUGUCAACAACAUGUUCGUCUCGAAGAGCCUGCGCUGUGCCGACGACGUGGCCUAUAUCAACGUGGAAACGAAGGAAAAGAACCAGUACUGCCUGGAGCUCACUGAAGCAGGGCUGAGGGUGGUAGGGUAUGCCUUUGACCAAGUGGACGGUCACUUGCAGACUCCCUACUACGAGACAGUCUACUCCUUGCUGGAUACGCUCAGCCCCGCCUACCGGGAUGCGUUUGGAAAUGCACUGCUUCAGAGACUGGAGGCUCUAAAGAGAGACGGACAGUCGUGACUCAGCUCUUUCCUUUCAGAGGGGCCGCUGGGACAGUCAUGACUCAGCUCUUUCCUUUCAGAGGGGCCGCUGCUGGUGCAGAGUGUUGACGUCAAGCUUGAAAUUCUUGCAUAUUGUCCUAAUAGAAACGCAUCUUUGGUUUUAUGUCUAUCACUUGCUUCAGAUUUAGGCUUUUGGCUCAGAACGUUAUUGACGAAUGAAUUGUCUUAGUUUCUGAUUUAUUAAGGGAAUUCUGAGGCCAUUGCUAUGACAUCAUUAUUAAGACAUUCAGAUUUCUUCAUGUAUCUUUGCAUUUCAAAACCUGAUCAGUAUUGCGUACUCUUACCACAGGGCUUUGAUGCUGCCAGCACUCUUGUACAUAGGAGUUUCUAGAUUUGCACAGUAAUUUAGGAAUUACAAUUACCUAACUUCAAACUUGGAUUCAGCCUGCUAAAUCAGGGGUUUGCUACUAGCUUGGACUGACUUUGUAGUAAUUAUUUUGCUACUAGCCUUAUUGGAAACAAAUAAUCAACUAGUUUCCCCUGCACAAAUUUUAAAAUUCACUGCUUCACUUAAUGUAUUUAUAUUACUAGAUUACACGGAUGAUAACGAGGAGCUAAUUCUGUUCUUUAACUAGUACUAAAGGAAGAGCAGGGACUGAGACAGUUCUGUGCUCCUUGAUUCAGCAGCCAGCCAGUGAAGCAGAGGGCAGACCGUUCACAAAUGAAUGUAGUGAUUUCUCGUUUCCAAGAUCUCUAAGCACACAAGCAAAUGCAGGAACAGGCUCCAAUCUUUUUCUUAACAAAAACAUCCUCAGUGUGUGUGACUUAAAAGAAGGGAGACUCUGGUUUCCUAGAAGACAAUAUUUUGGCCUGUGUUGGUUCUUACCCUGAAUGUUUGUUUACAUAAUGUACAGGAUAUAUUCAGAAAGUAUUUUUGCUUCAACGUUUACUUUCUAUAGUGCAGUGCUUUGGUGUUCCCACGGCACCCUCCUCCCCCAACAGAUGUACAGUGUCUGUCUCAGUGCUGAAUGUACAACGUGAUACGAGUGCACUGUGUGGGUUUGAAACCAAAGGAUGAAUGGAGCAUUCAGAGACUUACUAUUUGAAAAAGGGAUACUCUGUAUUUUAUAUUUUAUUACAGGAACUUGAUAUUUAUAAACUGUACCAUGCUGCUGCGUGUUCUCCAGUACAUGUUGAACAAUAAGGGUUGGGGAGUUGUUGUUUUUAAACAGUCACCUAAAGCAGCUGCUGUAGAAAUGCUGAACUGAAAGUCUGCAUCCGGACACAUUUCAUAAAUUUGUCAUUUGCGGAUACUUUAAUCACUAAAGCGUAGAUACCUGUAGGCUCUGAGGAUCACGUGGACCAGAGCAAACUGCAGUUCAGUUUGCAUCAGCUGUCGUUGUCAAACGUAAUUGGGCUCCUUAAUUAUGUUUGAUGAUGCAUGUUCAUUCUCAGCUUUAUGUUCAGAUGCUUAGCUGUUUGGGCAAUGAAGUCAAACUUCAGGUUGAACUUCCUCAUGCUUAAUCUCAGGCUAACUGUAAAUGAUAUUUCUAAAAUUUGAAUAAAAUUCUGUUUACUCAUUUUGAGUUAA